AUGUUUAGAUUACGUUUGAAACGCUUAUUGAACUUGAGAUUUUUGUUAUUGUUCUUGAUAUUCUAUGCAAUAUAUCAUGUCUCGAUCAGUCGUAAUAAAACUGUUCAAGGAACAAGAAUUGCUAUUAAUGGUACGGAGUCUCUGUUAAAAAACUAUAGAGAUUCGACUCUCCAUUCUCCUUUUAAAAUUAUUUAUGAGAGGAGGAAUGAAAUACUCAAAACUGAUAUUUGGACAUCUAUUAAGAGGAUUGUUUCCUUAGGUGACUUUGGUCCAUCUAUUUUUAAGGCAGAAGAUCGUCUUAUUAUGAAUUGGAAAGCUCAAAACUCGAGAUCAGAUAGAGUAAAGAAAUGCCAAAUUAUUAUAUCGUCAAUGUAUUUUAAGCAACCGCAAUGGAGUAAUCGAGAUACAUUGAAAUUCUAUGCUAACGAUGGUUUGGAUAAUUCAUUGAUCGGACUGUUGGGUGAGAGAAUGCGAACAUAUGACUAUUGCUUCUUCAAAGGGAAUUUAAGUUUAACAGAAGUUUUUGAUUCGAGUAUUUUUAAAGAUAAGGGGAUUGAUGCUUGGGAUUAUCAGUCUAGAAUGUUUCCAUUCCUUGAUAAAGAUUUUAAGAAAGAAUCUAAGUAUAUGUGGCCAGAUGUUCUAGAUCUAACGACAGGUUUAAAAGUCAACAAAAUGAAUGAUAUGGAAUCUAAAUUUUUUGAUAUAACACCUCUUGAGUUCAAUGUAAAUUUUUGGGUCAAUUGGUUGAAGCAAUCCGAAGGGAAAGGUAUCGUAUCUACAAUGGCUCCAUCGGAUAUAGCUACAUUUUCAAGACAACUAAAGAUAUUUCAAAAACUGAAUAACACAUUACCUAUUCAGGUGGUAUCAACAGGACAUGGUCUUACAACUGAGUUUAUCGAAGAGCUAGCAAAGGCCUCAAAGGUAUCGCAUCAACAGGUAUUUAUUGUUGAUUGUUCGCCAUUUUUUGAUUCUGCAUUUACUGAAAAAUAUAUUAAAAAUUUCUUUAAUAAAUGGGUAGCAGUUAUCAUGAACACUUUUGACGAAUCCAUGUUUAUUGAUGUGGAUGCUGUAGUAUUUGAGAAUACGACAUCAUUUUUUAGCAUCCCUGAUUAUCAAACUACGGGGAUAUAUAUGUAUCAAGAUAGAACAAUGCCAGAAGAGUAUACAUUCCAAUAUUGUACUGAGAUGUUGGCGUAUAUGAAUCCUUCCAAACAGGAAAGAGACCUAUUAGGAUCUAGUCUGUUUAUUGAUAGUCUACAUACUGGAAGUAUAGUUUCAACAGAAGCAAAAGUAUACCAAAACUUCUUUAAUGAUUUGCGGCUCCAUCAUGUUGACAGUGGCUUGGUUAUAAUAAACAAACUUAAAAAAUUGAAUGGUCUAUUGAUGUCUUUUUUGCUUCAUCUGGACGGAAAAAUGCAAAGAUGUGUUUAUGGUGAUAAAGAAAUAUUCUGGUUGGGAGAAUUAUUCGCCGGCGAAGAUUAUACAAUUGAUCCAUUUGAAGGUGGUAUAGUUGGUAGUAUUGGGGAGUAUACUGACGAUCAAACAUUGUCCAAGAAGGCAUACAUAUGUGCAACUCAGAUCGCUCAUAGUAAUGCAGAUAAUAGGUUAGUUUGGACAAAUGGUGGAUUGAGAACUUGCAAAAUUUCGAACUCUGCAGAGCACGAUUUCAUUAAAGAUGAGUCGUACUAUACAGAUAGAUAUAAGACAAUCGAAAACUUGGAAGGUAUAUACAACUCACCAAUAACGAUAGAAGGCUUUAUAUCUCCAGAUCCUUUCCUCAGUCCUUGGAAACAAAUUAAUGAGUGUAGUAAUUAUAUGUAUUGUGCAUUUGUUACGGAGGAUACUUCAGGUGCAGAGAUUACUAAUGGAAAGAUUAUUAGAUUUGACGAUGAUGAAAAAAAUAUUUACAAUUAUAUAUCACGCAUAUGGAAUGAAUAG